UUUGUAGAUAAUAUGUUUUGCUCCUCGGGCGUUCAGUCAUUUUGUGGCGUGUGAUUUUGGAGUUUUGGUGCAGUGACAGCGCGGCAAACGAAUCAUCCGCCAGCAGGGCAAAAGCACCUGCAGAACAAGUUGUUGUUCCGUGUCUGUUCUGGUUUGUGUGCUAUUUUCUGUGUUAGAGUGAAAUAUUGGCAAUAAUUUGCAUAUCAAAGAAAGCUGUUAGCAGAAAGCGAGCCACAGGUGCAGCAGCACCUCAUCCAGCGUCUCUCCAUCGUCUGCGCCUGCGCCCCCGCUUGUUGUUGCUGCUUACGUGUCCGCAUCGGCGGGUCUAGAUCGGAUCGAUCUGCUCUCCAGAUAGCAGAUAAUAUGCGCGUUGGCGUUUUUGUGAUUGCGUGCCUGGCCCUCGUCGCUGGCUCGCCGGCCCCCGCCCCCGCAGAGUACAGCGAGAGUGCUGCGGUUCAGGUGAUCGAGGAGACCGAGAGCUUUCUGGCUCAUCCCCACUAUCUGGACAACGAUGAGAUUGGAGCUCUGUUUGGCCAGUUGGCCAAGGACUAUCCCCAGUUGGCCCAGGCCUACAAAGUCGGUCGCUCCUUGCAGGGCAGGCCACUGCAUGCCCUAGCGCUAAACGCCCCACCGGCGAACGACAAGAGCGGGGAUCUGCUGCGGCCCAUGGUCAAGCUGGUGGCCAACAUUCGGGGCGACGAGACCCUGGGUCGUCAGAUUGUCCUGUAUAUGGCCGAGUAUCUGGCCAGCAGCUAUGAGACCGACGACCAGGUCCAACGGCUGCUCAACACCACAGAAAUUCAUUUUCUACCCAGCUGCAAUCCGGAUGGAUUUGCCCUCGCCCAGCUCUCUGUGGCGUGUAAUUUCCCUGCAAUUAGCGCGCGCUUUGCUUUGCGCUGCUCUCAGCCGAGUGUGCUGGCGUCGACGCUGGCAGAGGAGCGGUAACAGGCACAGCGACAGCAGCC